UCCCGGCGCGUCCGGACUACGCCUCCCGUGCGACCUUGCGCUUAAAGGCGCCGCGCCGGCGCUCGGUCCCCGGCGCAGGGCGAAGGGGCGGUCGCUGCGGGCCGGGCGAGGCUGGUUGGCGCUGCCCUCCCUCUCCAUGCUGCGGUUGCGUCCCGGCCGCUGCCGGCCCCACUCCGUCCCUCCUUGCCGCAGGUGAGUGCGGUGAGUGGACGGGCGGGCAGCGGCCUCCUUCCCUUUUCCCUUCGUGGCCGCCUCCCCCGUGCCGCGGGGCGCAGGGAGGGGGCUCGCAGCUCCUCCUCGCCGCUCCCUUCCUCCCCUGCGCGUCCCCGAGCCGCUCUCAGCACGGUGUGUGUCCUGGAGAUGCAGAAACCAUGUAGCAGAAAGCUCUGAGCAGUUGUGGUUUAUCAGUUCCUCCCAACAGCAGUAAAAAGUGAAGAAUGAAGGUGUCUGGAUUUAUUUCCCUAUGGACGUUGAUUUCACUGCUUUAUGGCCAGUUAGGAAAUACUGCAGAACACGAAGAUGUAGUAAAGCACGCAAUCAAGCUGCAUCGUGGAAAAGGAGCUGUUAUCACUCAGCGAAAGCAGUGGGUGAUGGAGAGCUGCAGAAAACUAUCUGGUCUCCUUCGCCAGAAGAAUGUUGUUCUCAACAAAUUAAAAAAUGCUAUAAGAGCGGUUGAGAAAGACGCUGGGCUGUCAGAUGAAGAGAAACUUUUUCAGGUGCAUACCUUUGAAAUUUUCCAAAAGGAGCUAAACGAAAGUGAAAACUCAGUCUUUCAAGCAAUCCACGGCCUUCAGAGAGCUCUACAGGGUGAUUACAAAGACGUUGUAAAUAUGAAAGAAAGCAGUAGGCAGAGACUGGAAGCCUUGAGAGAAGCUGCAAUUAAGGAAGAAAUGGAAUACGUUGAACUCUUAGCAGCAGAAAAGCAUCAGGUUGAAGCCCUUAAGAACAUGCAGCAUCAAAACAAAAGCCUGUCAAUGCUCGAUGAAAUUCUUGAAGAUGUCAGGAAGGCAGCUGAUAGACUAGAGGAAGAAAUAGAAGAGCACGCCUUUGAUGACAACAAAUCUGUAAGAGGUGUUAACUUUGAAGCUGUUUUAAGGGUGGAAGAAGAUGAAGCCAACUCCAAAAGAAAUGCUUCGAAAAGAGAAGUAGAGGAUGACUUAGGUCUUAGUAUGCUCAUUGAUUCCCAGAACAAUCAGUAUAUCCUUACUAAGCCCAGGGAUUCAACCAUUCCUCGUGCUGAUCAUCACUUCAUAAAGGAUAUUGUGACAAUAGGAAUGUUGUCUUUGCCAUGUGGCUGGCUAUGCACAAUGAUAGGAUUGCCAACUAUGUUUGGGUAUAUCAUCUGUGGCGUACUGUUAGGACCAUCAGGAUUAAAUAGCAUUAAGUCUAUUGUGCAGGUGGAGACAUUAGGAGAAUUUGGUGUAUUCUUCACUCUCUUUCUAGUUGGUCUGGAAUUUUCUCCUGAAAGAUUAAGAAAGGUGUGGAAAAUAUCUUUGCAAGGACCCUGCUACAUGACGGUUCUGAUGAUUGCCUUUGGUUUAUUGUGGGGACACUUGCUCCGAAUCAGACCAACACAAAGUGUCUUCAUUUCCACUUGUUUGUCUUUAUCAAGCACACCAUUGGUGUCAAGAUUUCUUGCAGGUACUGUUCGAGGAGAUAAAGAAGGGGAUAUUGACUACAGUAGUGUACUACUUGGCAUGUUGGUGAUGCAGGAUGUGCAGCUUGGCUUAUUUAUAGCUGUUAUGCCUACGCUUAUUCAAGCAGGAGUGAGCACAUAUUCCAGCAUUUUCAAGGAAAUACUGAGAAUACUGAUACUGAUUGGCCAAAUUCUCUUUUCUCUGGCUGCUGUUUUUCUUAUAUGUCUUGUUAUAAAGACUUAUCUCAUAGGACCGUAUUAUCGCAAGUUGCAUGCAGAAAGCAAAGGGAAUAAGGAAAUCCUCAUUCUAGGAAUAUCUGCAUUCAUCUUCCUAAUGUUAACGAUCACAGAGCUGCUGGAUGUUUCAAUGGAGCUGGGAUGCUUCUUAGCUGGAGCUCUGAUCUCUUCUCAGGGUCACAUGGUUACUGAGGAGAUUAUGACCUGUAUUGAACCAAUACGUGACUUUCUUGCCAUCGUUUUCUUCGCAUCCAUAGGACUUCAUGUUUUCCCCACAUUUGUAAUAUACGAACUCACAGUGUUACUCUUCCUUACAUUGUCUGUGGUCAUAAUGAAGUUUGUCUUGGCAGUGCUGGUCCUUUCUCUGAUUCUUCCAAAGACCAGCCAGUAUAUCAAAUGGAUUGUCUCAGCAGGACUGGCACAAGUCAGUGAAUUCUCUUUUGUUCUGGGAAGCAGAGCACGCAGAGCAGGGAUCAUAUCUCGGGAGGUCUAUCUUCUUAUUCUGAGUGUGACUACUCUAAGCCUUUUACUUGCCCCUGCCCUAUGGAGAGCUGCAAUUAUGAAGUGUGUUCCAAGGCCCGAAAGACGCUCAAGUACUUGAUAAGACUUGCACAUGAACAAGAACACAUCUUCUUGCGAAGAUAUCUUCAUUGCUCAUUGUAUUUCUAUGCACUUGGAAAACGAGAGGUUUGCAGUAGUCCUCUUAACAUGCACUUGGUAAUAAGCCUUACACUGACCUUAAAACAGAAUUCAACACUAAAGAAUGAUUCGAUUUUAAUUGCACGCCUCUUACAAAACUGGCUUUCUCUGACAGAUUAGGAUCUGCCAGACUAUUUUUUUAUCUGAUCAAUUAUGCAGAGUCUAAAUUAUUUUUUUAACUGUAGCAUCAUGCAAAUUCUGUUUGUUUGUUUGUUUGUUUGUUUGCCUGGAUGUGCCUUUUAAUUCUCAUCCUCCUUUCGUUACUGUUAGUUCACCACCAGAUUUUGUUUAUUAAAAAAAAAAAAGUGUACUAUGGUGCCUAUGGUAUCUCCUUCCAUUAAAUGACUUGAGUCAUUUUCGCAUUUAGGAAUAAGUUCAUUAGACCAGUGUAAAUUCAAUCACAAAACAAAUCUGUAAUGGUGAGUAAAAGUCUUAGUCCUUUAUACAAAGUUUAACUGUUAGUAUCAAACUGUUUUAAGCAGUCAAAUACAUGUUCCAAAUGAUGCAGCCAACAUUGUGUGAUACUUUGUUCCAAAUUACAGCAUUUAAUGUGUUUUCUUUCAGUGAUAACUUCUGUUUGUGUUAGUUCUUGCAUUUAUUUACAUACUUGAUUAUAAGUUGAUGGUGAAAAAGGGCAUAACUUAAGUUAUAUUUGAAGACUGACAGUUGUCAUGCAUUCCUGUUCCUAGCUACUGUUACAGUAAUUGUUUACAGUUUUGUUUGUUUUAAAUCCAAAAUAAACUUAGUAGAUAUGGGUAGUCUAAUUUCAAGCAGAUGUUUUUAAAAAAAUCUCUGCAGAGGUUAGAUGUUAUUUAUAAUAUUCUGCAUUUGAAAUUAUUUUGAGUAAAUUAAUUUGCACAAAACUAGAAAGGGCAGCUUGAAUAUGUAUUUGGAACUCCACAACUUUAUACUUUGCAUUUAUAUUGAAUAAAUUGUUAGUCUUUUAAGAUAUCAUGAUAUUUAAAGAAACAUUGAAUGUGAUGUUAGAUGUAAGUGCUUUGUUCUUUAUAGAUAAACACGAUGCGCCUUGUAAAAGCCUAUUCCUGAAGAAUCAUAGAGAUUUAAUUCAUAGACUGUAGUCUACUCUGACAAUUUAAAAAUCAUCUUGAGGUUUAUCUGUUUAAAACAGUGCUAUUAAAAUAUAUUAACACUUCAGGUCAGUAUUAUACUGUCAUUUGAAACAACUUUAAUACCUACCAAACAGCUAGAAAAAUGUAUGUUAUGUAGGUUUAAAUUGCAAAUUAAAAUUGAAGUCAUCCUCCCACUAGCAAAA